UAACACAGGACACACACAUCCUCCAUGAGGGACCGUCUCCUGCAAGAAUAACACAUUUUACCAACCGAGGAGUAAUCGGGAGCACCAGCCAGACGUUUGGAGGUCGGUGAAAAUCCCCCUGAGAUGUAGCCAGAAGCGCGGCUGUGGGUCGGUGUAUUCGCUCGGUCUCUGCAUGGCUCUUCCCGGGGAUGCCAUGAAAAUCAGAACAGCCGACUGAGAGCCCGCUGCUCCUCGCUAUCUCAGACACGGUGGCGGCGGCGGAGGUAGAGAGCGAUGGAUCCCGGUGGAAAGAUCCACGUUAGGUAGCGUUUACGAAGAGAACCGAGGAGAGGAGAGCGUCUCCGUUUUGCAGUUUAGUCGCCGCCGGAGCCGUCUCAAGGAUGGAUUUCACCCAGCUCCGGAACAUCAUCAGCAGAUACUGUGUGGGGGAGGAGAUCUGGGUGGACAGUCGGACGGUGUACAUCGGCCAUAAAGAGCCUCCUCCGGGAGCUGAGGCCUACAUCCCUCAGCGUUACCCCGACAACCGCAUCGUCUCCUCCAAGUACACCUUCUGGAACUUCAUUCCCAAGAAUUUGUUUGAGCAGUUCAGAAGAAUUGCUAACUUCUACUUCUUGGUUAUAUUUCUGGUCCAGCUCAUCAUCGACACCCCCACCAGCCCAGUCACCAGCGGCCUGCCCCUCUUCUUUGUUAUCACCGUCACCGCAAUAAAACAGGGCUACGAGGACUGGCUCCGACACAAGGCUGACUGCUCUAUAAACAAGUGUCCGGUGGACGUGGUGCAGCAGGGGAAGGUGGUGAGGACACAAAGUCACAAGCUACGGGUGGGGGACAUCGUGGUGGUGAGGGAGGACGAGACUUUCCCCUGCGACCUCAUCCUGCUCUCUUCCAGCCGCUAUGACGGGACCUGCUACGUCACCACCGCCAGCCUGGACGGGGAAUCCAGUCACAAGACCUAUUAUGCUGUACAAGAUACCCUGGCCUUUAGAACGGAGCAGGAGGUGGACACGCUACACGCCACCAUUGAAUGUGAACAACCACAGCCUGACCUCUACAAAUUUGUGGGACGCAUUAACAUCUACAAGGACAAAGAAGAGCCUGUGGCUCGACCACUUGGGGCUGAGAAUCUGCUCCUUAGAGGAGCCACACUGAAGAACACACAACAUAUUUAUGCUGUUGCAGUCUACACUGGUAUGGAGACUAAGAUGGCGCUUAAUUACCAGUCUAAAUCUCAGAAGCGCUCCGCAGUAGAAAAGUCGAUGAAUGCAUUCCUCAUAGUGUACCUGUUCAUCUUGAUCAGUAAAGCGGUGAUCAACACUGUUCUGAAAUACGCCUUUCAGUGGUCUCCAGACAGAGACGAGCCCUGGUACAACCACAGGACGGAGAUUGAGCGCCAGCGCCAUGUGGUGAUCCGAGCAUUCACAGACUUCCUGGCCUUCAUGGUGUUAUUUAACUACAUCAUCCCAGUGUCUAUGUACGUGACGGUGGAGAUGCAGAAAUUCCUGGGUUCCUACUUCAUUACGUGGGAUGAGGAAAUGUUUGACGAAGAGCUGGGAGAGGGGGCUCAGGUCAACACCUCGGACCUGAACGAGGAGCUGGGACAGGUGGAGUAUGUGUUCACAGAUAAGACAGGCACUCUCACGGAGAACAACAUGGAGUUUAUUGAAUGCUGCGUCGAUGGGAACGUCUACAUCCCACAUGCCAUCUGCAACGGCCAAAUCCUCAGCGCUGCCUCCAGUAUAGACAUGAUUGACUCCUCACCCGGAGGAUACAGGAGAGAACACGAGGAUCUGUUCUUCCGGGCGCUAUGUCUGUGUCACACGGUGCAGGUAAAGGAGGAGGAAACGGUGGAGAGCAUCAAGAGGGGCAUCCACCAGGGCCGGCCCACCUCCUUCUACAUCUCCUCCUCGCCAGAUGAGGUGGCGUUGGUGGAGGGAAUGAAAAGGCUGGGUUACACCUAUCUGAGACUGAAAGACAACUACAUGGAGAUCCUGAACAAAGACGAUGAGAUUGAAAGGUUCGAGCUGCUCCAUGUACUGAACUUUGACUCUGUCAGGAGGAGAAUGAGCGUCAUAGUCAAGUCCAGCUCAGGAGAAUACCUGCUGUUUUGUAAGGGGGCAGACUCGUCCAUUUUUCCCCGAGUCGUGUCUGGGAAGGUGGAGCAGGUGAAAGCCAGAGUGGAGCUGAAUGCUGUCGAGGGUCUGCGGACUCUGUGUGUCGCUUAUCGAAGGCUCUCGGAGUCCGACUACCAGGAGGCGUGUCUUCACCUGAACGAAGCCAAGCUGGCCCUGCAGGACAGGGAGCAGAGGCUGGCGCAGGCCUAUGACAUCAUCGAGAGGGACUUUGUGCUUCUGGGCGCUACGGCAGUGGAGGACAGGCUCCAGGAGAAAGCUGCGGAUACCAUCGAGUCGCUGCACAAGGCAGGGAUGAAGGUUUGGGUCCUGACAGGCGACAAGAUGGAGACGGCGGCGGCUACCUGCUACGCCAGCAAGCUGUUCCGCCGCACCACCCAGAUCUUGGAACUGACCAAGAAACGCACGGAGGAGCAGAGUCUGCACGACGUCCUAUUCGAGCUAAACAGGACUGUACUCAGGCAGCGCUCUAUUUCUGGGUUGUCAGUGGACUGCUUGGACUUCGGUCUGAUCAUCGACGGGGCCACGCUGUCUGCAGUCCUGAAGGCGAACCAGGAGGGGGCCGGAUGUGGAAACUACAGAGAGAUCUUUCUGGACAUCUGUCGCAACUGCAGCGCUGUGCUCUGCUGUCGCAUGGCGCCGCUGCAGAAAGCCCAGAUUGUGAAGCUAAUUAAAGCUUCCAAGGAGCAUCCCAUAACCCUUGCUGUCGGUGAUGGUGCCAACGAUGUCAGCAUGAUCCUGGAAGCACAUGUGGGCAUUGGCAUCAUGGGUAAAGAAGGCCGACAGGCGGCGAGGAACAGUGACUACGCCAUCCCAAAGUUCAAACACCUGAAGAAGAUGCUGCUCGUUCACGGCCACUUCUACUACAUCCGAAUUGCAGAACUCGUUCAGUACUUCUUCUACAAGAAUGUAUGCUUCAUCUUCCCUCAGUUCCUGUACCAGUUCUUCUGCGGGUUCUCCCAGCAGCCUCUGUACGACACGGCGUAUUUGACAUUGUACAACAUCAGCUUCACCUCACUCCCCAUCCUCCUCUACAGCCUGGUUGAGCAGCACGUCACCAUGGACACGCUCAAGAGGGACCCCUCCUUGUACAGGGACAUAGCGAAGAACUCGCUCCUCCGCUGGCCCGUCUUCCUCUACUGGACGUGCCUGGGUCUGUUUGACGCUGUUAUCUUUUUCUUUGGUGCCUACUUCCUGUUUGACAACACCACCUUUACCAGCAACGGCCAGCUUAUGACCACCAACACACAGAUGAUGUUUGGGAAUUGGACCUUCGGGACUCUGGUCUUUACUGUGCUGGUGUUCACCGUAACGCUCAAGCUUGCCUUGGACACACACCACUGGACCUGGAUCAAUCACUUUGUCAUCUGGGGGUCGCUACUUUUCUACGUUAUUUUCUCUCUUCUCUGGGGAGGCAUCAUUUGGCCCUUCCUGAACUACCAGAGGAUGUACUACGUGUUCAUGCAGAUGCUUUCCAGCGGUCCGGCCUGGCUCAGCAUCAUCCUGCUCAUCACGGUCAGCCUGCUGCCAGAUGUCAUAAAGAAAGUCCUCUGCAGGGCCUUGUGUCCCACAGCCAUCGAACGCGCACAGGAUCAUGAGAAGCUCUCGGGGGGUGACGUGGCUGAGUCGACUCCACUGUCCUCUCGCCGGUCCUGCAAAGGCGCGAGCAGUGACUCCUCCCGCCUCCACCUCGCCGCUGCAGAGGCGCUGUCGCUGCGCAGGUCUGAUCCCCUUCCCCAGAAACUACUGGUGCACUUGACAGAGGGUGGAGGGGCAGACCUGCGCCCUCUCAGCCCUUACAUGCUCCGUCUAUCAGGGGCGGGAUUCGCCUACUAUGCUCCAGGGCCGGAGACCUCCGUGUGAACCUGGAUCUGAAAUUAUGUGUGCGUGGAUCUCACGGGCUGAAACGUAAAGUACAUCACAGGAUGUGCGACCAAGAUCUGCAUCUCAAAGGUCGAAGAUUUAUCGAGCAAAACACAAACAUGUUCACACACAUCAACCUCCAUGCUGAGUUCACCAUGUGCAUUUUCUGGGCUACCUGAGUGAACAACCCUUUAUAUAUCACCGCCCUGACGCCUCAUUUUCAUACUUGGGUAACUUCUUUUUUCAUUCAGUGUCGUCUUUGUCUAAUCAAAAUUCCUACCCAAACUCUUACUUGAAAAAGUCUAAGAACAGAAGGGGAACUUGUGCGACUGAAACUGUCCUGUUUCAACAUGUCAACAGGCCUUUUUAUACUCCUCGUUCUCAUUUUCAGUUCUUGCCUGUUCCUCCACUUUUGUGUCCUUUUUGCUUCUUUGUGAAUGUUUGUUUGAAAAACAUGUAUGUACAGUACAUGGUCUGGCCAAGUUAGGGGCAGCUGUCAAGCUCAGUCCUCUAGGUGUGCGUGCGUGUGCAUGUGCGCGAGUGUAUGCAUGAUAUUUGCCUGUUACCGUAUGUUUGUAUGUGACACACCUUUGCCUUACAGGUAGCCACACAGCAGCAGGCUAGGAGCCAAAGGAGAAAGGUGUUAAAAAAAACAAACAAAAAAGGAAGUGGUGUAUUACAAAGCCUUACCCACACACACCCAUCAGCUGAGGAAGAGAAACUGGGGAACUCUGAAGAGGGAUGUGCAGUAUUCUCGCCGCCCUGCCUUAAUUCAUACAUUUUUAGUGGAUUAUAUUUAUAGUUUUUGUUAUUGGACAGGGGAUUCAGAGGGCAUACAUGUCUGGUACAGUGUGUCUGUUAUUCCUUUUCUUUUUCUCUCACGAUUGUGUCCACUUUCUUAUCUGCCAAUGUAGCAUGUCCGAUCUCCUUGCUGCAUGCUGAUCUGCUCUUCUUCUUCUUCUCUUCGUCUUCGUCUUCUUCUUCGUCUUCAUUCAUCAUUCAUAAUGAACCAUAUCUCUACAUUGUUUCUCCCAAAAAUGAGCACACUGUACCCUCUCCUGCCCUCAUGUGGCCGUUAAGGGUAACAACUGCAGCCCAAAAUUUCAUUUAUGGAUGUCUAUUCCUCUCUGUUGCAUUGUGCUUGCGUGUUUGCUGCCAUGCGUUGUGUUAUGCAAAAGUUACUGUAAGAAUGCUAAUGUCAUGUUGUCACCUUUUUAUAAGGGUUUUUAUCUCUGUGUUGCAUUUAUCCAUGGCUUUUUUUUCCUGUAUUCUAAAAUUAUUGAUGGCAGUCACUGUUCAUGUAUGGAUGUAACUUAAAAAAAACCCUGUUUGAUAUAUUAUUGUAGUGAGAAGGGGUGUUAUAUUAGACUGUUGUGAGUAGGAGGGAGACUUGAAUCGGCGAUGUCACAAUCAAAUCACUAGAAUGUCGAACUGAUUUAUCCAUCAUGUCCUCCAGCUGAAGAUUGUAGCUCAUUAUGGAUGAACCCCUUUUCUGCAUUUCUAACAUCCUCUUUGUCCAAAGCAUAUCUGUCGUGUUGCACAGCAAGUGACGGACUCGGGAAGUCUUGAAUGUCAGAUUCCGAAACAUUUUUGUAUGUUUAUACAGUUUAUUUUCAUACACAUCACCAUCUGCCAACAUGUAUAGAUUUAAAAACCAAUUGUUCAGUAUUUUUUUACUGGGGCACAGAUGAUUUAUCAGUUUGUUUGGAGGUCUGGAUUUAUCUCAGUUUUCAUUUAAAGCCCACAAGCUUCCACAAGUGUUUGAACUUGGGGGGGGCUCAACGUCCUGACCUCAGUAGAUUAUUAGAAGGGCCUUGGUGCUUGUUAUGCACUGUCCCACCUCACUGUGCUGUUGCCAUACUGUUUCAGACAUUUUCUCUACAUGUCACACAUACCAAUCCUACCACGAUAUUGCCAUAAGGUCUAUAUUAGUAUAAUAAUUUACCCAGAAUUAUUUGGAGUCGUUAUUUAAACACAGUUUAUUGGAGUCCUCCAUGGCUCAGUUUUUCUCUACUCUUGUCAUUUUUGUUUUGUCCAUUGUGAAUAUUUCUUUUGCUACUUUUGUAUCCCAGAGAGAAGAUUAUAUUUUAACUCUGUUAGAAUGUGUGUUCAAGUUUGUAACCAAAAUUAGAGCAACAUAUACGUUAUAUGAUUCAAUAGAGAUUUACUUGUAGGUCUACACACUGCACUUUGUUCUACAACAGAUCAGUUUUCUCCCUAAAAAACUGGGACUGGGGUUUCUAAGUGUUCACUCUUCCUCACAAGUUAUUUUUCUAAGAAGAAUGUAGUGGGUGAGAAAGAAAAAAGUGACCAAAUAACUUGACUAGGAACGGACUGUCUGUAGCCUCUGUCUCAAAUGGGUUUUAUCGCACCAGCCUUUUACUGCUGAUCAGAAUGUCAAACUGCUUUUUCUAAGUCCAUCAGCAGGACAGCAGGUGCUCAUCUCGUCACUCCUGAGCUUGGCAUAUGUCUGAAAUGUCGACUUCUGUGCUCUGAGCAGCACGCCUCAUAUCAUACCUUCAGUACAGCACUGUUUGUAUUACUAAACAGGUUUUGAGAAUUUACUUUUGUUUUGGAUAAAGAUUUUAAAAGUUCACCUGUUCACUUUUUGCCAGCCUGUCUGUAGCAAACGAAGGCAAAGCACUGUAUUGUCAUUAUGCUUGUAAUAAAGAAAGAUUGAAAACA